CCUGUGUCUCUCUGAACCUGCCUGUGUCUGGACAAACAAGCACUACCUCAGCACCUCAGCUUUUAUUUUUUUACACCUACCGACUACACAGAAUUGACCAAUGAAGUACAAUAACACCGGGGACAUCAUGAAGACCCUGGGAGAAGCCCCAGCGGCCAGGAAAGCUCUGCUGGACAACCACAGCAAUCUCAACAAGGUGGCCGACUACUGUGAAAACAAGUACUCAAACACUGAAGACCCAACAAAAGCAGUGGAGGAAUCCAAAGCUCUCACCACUCAGGCCCUGGCCAGCAUCGUUUACCAAAUCAACACACUGGCAGCGAGUGUACUGAGACUGCUGGACGCACAGACUGUUCAACUGAAGCAGAUGGAGUCAUCAGUCAAUAUUCUGAGUAUGACAGUGGAUAUGUACAAGGAGAAAGUAGCACGCCAGGAGAUUGGUGUCCUGACUGCUCCUUGCAAAAUCCCAUAUGUUCAGAAAAUGGUCCCUCCAGCAAGACCGGAAGAUCCCAAUGUUGAAUACGAGCGUGUCCCGAUAUCCUACACCAGUCUCGACUCAAUCGGACACGGAGUCUGGGACAGUACCAAAACGGUAUCUAAGAAACCUGAACCACAGACAACUAUCCAACAAUCAAGCUCACAAGAUGGAGGGCAACAUUUUGGCUCUGGCAUUGCCGUUCCUCCACCUUCAGUUCCCAACUGGUUUGGUUUGAAAACCACAGCUUCUUCAUCCACACCAGUCACACCAGUCUCCUCCAUGUCACAGCCUGAGAGUUUCUACGAAGACACUCCACCACCACCACCACCACCACCUCUUCAUUCUAGUGAUAGUGAUGGCCUUUCACGUCCACCACCAAUUUUUCCACGAGGUAGUCGAAUGUCUGUAUCUACACCAUCUCCUUCUCCAUUUAGUUCUGCUUUUAGAGACUCGUUCUUACCACCACCACCUCCCCAAACAGAGUUCAUGGCUCCUCCACCUCCACCUUCACCUCCUUUGUUUGGAAGUUCUUUCCCACCUCCACCACCCGUACCUCUAGAGUAUGUCUCUAUGGCUCCACCACCCUCUCCGUUUCCUCCUCAUAGUACCGGAAAGGGUCAUGUUGCACCACCUCCUCCACUUCGCUCUAUUCCUGGUGGAGGAAGUGCUCCUUUACCUCCUCUUCCUCCUCCUCCUCCUGGACAGAAUAUUGCUCCACCUCCACCACCUCCAAUGUCUCCUGGAAAAGCCUUCAUUCCUCCUCCUCCUCCUCCUCCUCCUCCUCCUGGACAGAGUAUUGCUCCACCUCCACCUCCACCACCGCCAAUGUCUCCUGGAAAAGCCUUCAUUCCUCCUCCUGCUCCUCCUCCUCCUCCUCCUGGACAGAGUAUUGCUCCACCUCCACCACCACCUCCAGCUUCUCCUGGAAAAGCCUUCAUUCCUCCUCCUCCACCUCCACCAGCAGAUCCUGGAAAAUCCUUCAUUCCUCCUCCUCCUCCACCUCCACCUCCAGAUGCUCCUGGAAAGGCCUUCAUUCCUCCUCCUCCUCCUCCUCCUCCUCCACCACCAUUCUGAACCCUGGAACUUAGCUUUUCUAAGAUGUUAAUGGUAUCUUUCCAUAGUUGCUGAACUAUCAAACUAUCUGCUAACUUAAUCUUAACUAUAGCUACAAAUUGAAUCCUAAGCUAAUUAAAGAAAUUAUACUUUAUAUUGCCAAAAGUAUGUGGACACAUCACACAUUCCAGAGUUUGUUUUCAUAAAUAGUAGUCAUACAGUUCUACCACUGGUCUGCAUUCUUAUGUACAUUUUUAUAUUUUCCCAUAUAUUUUCUUUUCCAACAAACAAAUGAACUAGCAUUAUACUAAACAAGCUAACAACUGAACUAGCAUUAUAGUAAACAGGAUAAACAAUUU